AUGGAGGCCCUUGCGAAGUCUGAAUCGGGCGUCGCCAGUGGCGCGGCUCCGCUGGUGUCGCCGAGCGCGUGCAAGACUCGGCCGCUGGGCUUGGUCUCGGUGCCCUCCCCGACGGCGUUUCUGACUUCGCCGCGAGGGCCUGGGGCUCUGGCUGCGUCUCCGUCGGGAAGCGCGGCCAGCUCGUGCACACCGAAGAAUGCGAUGUUUAUGCCUCUGAACGUCUGCGCCACGUCAUCGGCGUCGACCGCCGUUCCGCAGGACGACUGCGAGAGUACGGCUAGCCGAGAAGGCGGGAGUCCGCGGACGCCCUCAGUGUUCGACGGCCCCGGGCUGAUCCCCAGCGGCGCGGCGCGCAGCGCCAACCAUGAGCAGUCGCUCACGUCGAGCAGUAGAGACACAGACAGCGCGUCGCUGAGGAGCCACGCGUCCUCGACCAGCCGCGGGCUCUUCAGGAAACCCGACAGUCCCUCAGAGAGAGAAAGCGGCGGCGAGGCACUGGGCGCCAGUGAGAGAGAAAAGAGAGCGGAGACAGAGCCGGCGGAGAAGCGGGCCGCAGCGGGGGCGCGGUUCGGGGUCCCGCGGCCGGCGGAGGAGGACGGUGCGGAAGAAGAGGAGGCGCGGUCGGUUUUCUCCGCUGCGCACGCGCGGGGCAGUUCGUUGUGUUCUGUGUCGGGAGGCGUUGAAGAGGGAGAUGUCGCUCCCGCGGCGGACGGUCGGCGUUCGGACUCUGAAGGAGCGGAAGGCGUCUCUCUGCCUGGAGAGGCCCCGAACAGCAAUGCAGUCGAAGCCAAGGCAGAACGUAGUUCACGCAAGGCAGCGGUUCGCCGCGUCCGCGAGAGAGUCGGCGUCUCCAAGGACGAUCUUAGCGAGUUUUCGACGCGUGGAAAGAGUUUCCACCUGAACAAUGCGGGCGACCCGACCCCGAGCGCCGCGGCGCGCGUCGAGGGCAUGAGCGAGAGUUUGAAGGCGGUUGCGGGUCUCAUCAGAGCGGAUGCACUGGCUCUUGAGGCGUUGAAGGCAGAGGAGAACCAGAGAAGAAGAAAGGGUCGCCAGGAGGGCGGGGCUAUCUCCGCGGCCGAGCAAGACCCGGGGCGGAGUACAAAUGCGAGUGUCGCCGCAACGCGGCUCGCGUCGGCGGUGAGGUUCAAGGAAGAGGAGCUGCUCCGCGCCGAGUCAAAUGCAGAGAUCUCCGGGGCGUCCUCCGCCCCGGCGCCGUUUCUUCUCUCAGGAGAGAAGGACGUAGCGGAAAGCAGUCGAACGACACCGAGUGUGUUGGGCGAGUCGGGCCUUCUGCCCUCCGUUGACUUGGCGCGUGGUCUCGCUGCAGUCGCCGCGGAGAUCGCGUCUGCGCAGGCCUCUCUCGGCGCGGCCAGAGAGGGGCAUGAAGAUCAGAGCCACUUUCUGUCGCUUGCAGCUGCCGCGCGAGGCGGCGGCAACAACGAAGGACGCGAAGAGAAGUUCACCAAUGCCGAGGAGAAGGCGGUGGAGGCCAGCGGCGGCGAAGGAGCCGCAAAGGAUACAGGCGCAGGAUUUUCGCUUUCUGCAGCAGACCUCCUCGAAGAGGGUCGCCGGCUUCUGACAUCCUCCUCAGAUCUCUCUGUGUGGCUGGAGUGCGCCAAGAACGCCGCUGCCUCGCCACGACGGAGCAAGGCGGAGGGCCUUUCGAAUGAGCAGCUCCUCGCGCUCUCUUCAGCCCUCAUGAGUGAAGACGCUUCGCAGUCGGCGCAAAACGCACUGUUCGCUGGCGCGGCGCCAGCGCUUCUCGAGCAUGACGAGUCACCCUCUCAUCGGCUCCUGCCCAAGGCGGGCGAGUCGGCGCUGACCCUGCCGCUGGCACCCCGCGAGGGCGUCAUGGUCAGCGGCGCAGCCUCCUCCUCCGGCCCCCUGGCAGGCUCGGGGGCCUUCCCGCACGGAGAGAAGGCGGCCACGACCCGCGCCCAGCGCGGCGCCAGGGGCCAGAAGGGCGAGAGAGGCGCGUCGCGGCCGCAAGCCCUCUCGCGCUCGCUGCUCUCUGCGUCGGCGCCCGCGUCAGCGGCACCCACGCCUUCGAACUACAGCGGCGCAGUGAGUCAUCUUAUGCCGCACCCUAGUACCAGCAGUGCGAUGACUUCGGUCAUGGUCAAGAGCGUGUCGCCAGCCGGCGUCGUCCGACGCGGAGGACGCAACCGCAGAAAGCGAACCAAGUACGACUUGGCCUACCGGCAAAUGGAACUUCUCGGCCCCUUCGCUGAGGAGGCGAAACACGUCGAUCUCUCCAAGGUUUCGGGCAGCAGCUUCGCAGUUGAACUGCUGAAGAAUCCGCAUCUGUAUUCGUACGAGUCGUGGGUGCACGGGUUUGCGUGGCCUGUCGGCGCGGACGGUCGACGGUUGCUGCUGCGGAAACUGAGGGGCGUCUACUGGUCGGAUCCAGACUACUGGCAGAAGCGGUUGAUGGCUGAGGGCCUCUAUCGCCGGGACUUGUUCACGCUCGCCACCGUGCAGGAACUCUUCAAAGUCACUCACCUGAUGGGCGCGGACGUGUGGGACUUCUUGCUCAAGUGUACAGCCCUCACCCACAAGUGCGAUGCUUUGACGACGAAGGAGGCCGAUCAAAGCGACAACGAAGAGGCGCUUCAGAACGCGUCGUCGCCGGAGGCCUCGUCGCCGCACGCAGGCCCCGAGAUCACGUCGCAGGCGCUCAGUCACCCGGCAGUGAUGGCGGCUGUCGGGCAUCAGGACAGCGGCUUCUGCUGGCAUUCGCUGGCGUCGCAGGGCGGCUCGGGCGCGGACGCGGGGGCCGGCACGGAGGAGGGCGGCAAGGGGGAGGGCUCGGACACUGCGAUGGGCGGCGACGGCGGCGCGGCGGUCAACGGCGGCGCGUCGGCGUCUGUAUACCCCCCCCGCCUCUGCGCGGCGCUCUCGCUGCACCGCUCGUCGUCUCCCGCGGGCGAACACGAGCAGCGCGCAGGUGCCGAAGGCGAAGAGGAGGUUUCGAACCCUGCGGCUGCGUCUUGGCUGGGCGCGGAGGCGCUUCAGGAGCUGCUGGCAGGGUCGCUCAGUCGCCAGGGCCGGGAGAACGGGGCCGAGGAGACGUUCGCGCGAGGCGAGGAAGACGGGCUCCAGGGUGGGGCUGGCGCCCUUGCGCCCUGCCAGGUCUCUGGCGAGAUGCUUCGACAGUCGCUGUACCUGCCAGGCCAGUUGGGUGCUGGCGCCGGCGCCGCGGGCGAGAGGGGCGACAGACUGAGCGGAGGACUCAAUCAGGAGAAGCGCUCGCGCGGCCGCCCCCGGAAGACCCGCUCGACCAUCUCCUCGGUGUCGUCUUUGGCCCGAGACGACGCAGAGGUCUCGCAGAAGGCACAGGGCGGCGACGCUGCGGCCUUUGGGCUUGCCGGUGUCGCGGCUGGCCUGACGCUCGCCGGAGGAGACGGAACGAGCGGCGCGGGCGCCAGCGAGAGCGGCUUGGAGGGCGUCGCGGGUCAGCUCGCGGCGGCGACACACGCAGGCGCGUCGCCGCUCGGUGUGCACUCUCCGCGCGUCAACGGCACUAGCGGCAGUGCCGCGCUGUCGGCCUUGCUCGCCGCCAGCGGAGCGUCCAGCCUGAAGGCAGAGACCGAGGGCCUUUCAGAUUUUUUCCGCGGGGCGAGCGGCAGCGAGAUGGGCGGCAGGGAAGCGGGUGAGGCAGGCCGCCAGGAGGCGGGCCUGGAGGAGUCUCUGCGCCACGGCGUCGCAGGCAGCGAAGAGUUGCUGUCUUCGCGCCUUCUCAUGGGUGAGGGACGGGAGCUCCAGCAGGCACUGCUGGCCUCGACGUUGGUUGCUGCGCAAGGGAAGAAACGCUUCAGAGGCGACGCGGCAGCUCUCGACGUGGUCUCGGAUUUGGCGAACCUCCAUGCCAAACGCUCACGCAGCUGCGCGCUGACGCCUCACCAUCGCCGGGGCGUGCCCACGGGCGAUCUGUCGCUGAUGCUGGAGGAGGAGCUUGAUGCGACGUCAAGUUCCGCCGCGAACCGCGGACGUGAGGCCAAUGCAGACUCGCUGCGGGCUCUCAUGCUUCAGGUCGCGGAAGCAGCCGCCGCAUCCGACCUGGCGCCCUCGCUUGCCUCCUCCUCUUCGUCUCGCAUGGGGCUGGCGGCUGAGGCGGAUUGCAGGGCUCGGGUGUCUCCGAAUGGGUCGGAAGGGAGGCCUCCUGCGGCGUCGGCGGAGGGCGUGCGAAGACGGAGUAGCGUCGGCGCGCAGGACGAAGGCCGGAGACGGGGGUCGGCGUCUUGCAGCGCCGGCGACGCAGGGUGGUCGCGGGCGGCGAGCACGGGCGCGGGGGCCAUGGAGGAAGAGAUGCGCCAGAUGGAGAUCCUUCUGCAGGCCCUUGAUCACCACCUCGCGCAGCACCAGCAGCAGGAAGAGCGGGAAAAGGAGGCAAAGGCGCAAGGCGAACACGCGUCCUCGAGGGGCGCCUCCCUGCCGUCCUCGGAUACUACGUCGCUGCUGCACCCGUCGCUGUCGGCCGCGCCGCUGGAGAGCCGGCGCGGGGCGGCAGGCGGCUCCCCCGCUGAUGCGCUGGGCGGCGGUCGCGGCGAGCUGGCGGAGGACGGUUCGGCCUUCGCCUUGCACGCGCCUGUUGGCGACAAAGACGUCGCGGGCUGGGAACGCCUCGCUCAGGUGUUGCGAGGCGAGAGCGGCCCCCAGGAGGAGGGCGAGAGGAAAUCCGACAGCCCCGCCGUCGCAGAUGCCGAGGCGCUGCUCCAGUGCGUUCGCGCGCUGGCGAACUCGUCGUCCGCAGGCUCUUUGUUGUCAGGAGGGGGCCUGCCGGUCGCUGAGGCACUGCUCAGGUCGCAGCACCCGCGCGACGCGUCGCGGGACGGCCCGAAGGACGCCGCAGCAGACGGCGAACCUUGCGCCGCGCGAUCGUUCGUGUCGACCGCUUCGGCUGCGGCGGCGCACGAGGGAGGCGCGGGCUGGCGACGCGAUCUCUUCCCCAAGCUUGGGGUGAGUGGCGGGGUCGCGAUGCCGCCGCUGCGAGGCGGGGCUGCUUUUUUGGCGGCUCUGAAGGAGCGCGAUCUGCUCGGUCAGCACACGAACGCGGCAGUCGCGGCCGCGGCCGCGUCGUCUGCCGCCAUGGCCGGGUCGCUCCUGUGGGGCGGAGACAGUGUGGGGCCGGACAGGGCGGGGAGGGGCGCGCUGGGCAAGCGCGGGGACGACGCCCGCUUGAAUGCAUUGAGCUUCCUGGGCACGCUACCGGGGCUUGGGGGUGGGGGGUCGAGUGACCCGGCGCGCGCGAAGGAGGGAGAAAGCGGUGGCGAAGGCAAUCAGGCGUCGCUCCUUCUAACGAGUUCCGCGGGCAAGAAGGACGCCAGUCUGCCGUCCGCCGCUCGUGUCUCCUGUUGUGGCAAGACCCAGGCCCAGCAGCGGCAGAGUUCCUCGGCGUCUGCGUCUGGCGCGUGUGUCGCGGCGUUGGAGGCGCUCACAUCCGACACGCAUGCACUUCUGCAGCUGACUGCGCACUACUCGUUCAUGGCGCAGUUCAUGCAGUGUGCGAUGCUGUUCGAAGUGCAGCAAGGACUCUUCCGCGUCAUCAACAGCCUCAAGGCGCAGGAGCGCAGGCGGGCAGGGGCGCUGGAGCAGUUGCAAGGCGAAGCGAGAGCCGAGGAGGCUCCUGGCGCGGAGUACAGAGACUCUGCGCAGGGCGGGGAAGACGUGCAGAUGCUGGCAGACCAGGAAGGCCCUGGGCGCGAUCCUACUAUAAAGGCCUGUCUCCAGUCGCUCCUGGAGAGCGGAGCUGUGCACAUGCAGUUUGUCCAGUUGAUGGCGCAGCAGCUUCGCCGCCACGUUUCGAGCCGAGGGGCCGGCGCACGCGGUUCGUCUUCAUUUUCCUCUCGAGGUGUCGAGGGCGCCAGGGCCAGGCCAGAGGACGAAGCGCCUUCCCAACCCUCUCUCGUCGCCGGCCUCUCUCGCGAGAGACGAGUCGACGAAAAGGAGGCGGCUAGCGACGCGGAUGCCGGUGGAGCGGCGGCGGGUGAGGCCGAGCAGCUCCUCGGGCUGCUGAAGCAGCCGUUCUUCGCGGGCAUGGGCGGCGCGGAUUUGAUCGACCUAAAUAACCUGCUGCGAGCCGUGCCCGAUCUCGCCGCCGAGACUGCGACAGCCGGCGAGCGAGACGCGGAAGACGCCGUGAAGACUCACGACGCAGCAGGCUUCGCAGACGGCGCGAAAGAGGGCGAGGAGGACUCGACGGAGCUCGGGGAAGGCGCCGAGGAGAAAGAGGCGACCAGCAGCGAGCGAGGGAGGUGCGGACUGUCGGAUGACGUCGAGAUGACGGAUGGCACAGAGGAGAAGAAGGCGAGCGAGGUGCAGGAUGAUGGCGCGAUGGGCAGCGCAUACGCAGAGAUGAAGGAGGAGGAAGAAAGCAUGGGAAACGCGGAGACGCGGCGCGGCAGCCGGGACGAGGCUCCGAAGCCCAGCGUGGAAGAGGAGAAGGAACUGCGGGAGACGACAGAUGAUGAAGCCGCCAAGGGGCACGACGAGUGA